AUGGCGUCCGUGUUUCGCAGUGAGGAGAUGUGUUUGUCCCAGCUGUUUCUCCAGGUGGAGGCUGCAUAUUGCUGUGUGGCUGAGCUUGGGGAGCUUGGACUGGUUCAGUUCAAAGAUGUAGGUGCCACAUUCUUGGGAGACCAGAGGAAAGUGGGAGGUGGUUUUCUGGAAGAUGAGAUGCAAAAUGAGAUCACAGUUCAAUUGCCAGAGAAAGCCCCACCAACCCCUCUCCCACGGGAAAUGAUUACCCUGGAGACUCUUCUAGAAAAACUGGAAGGAGAAUUACAGGAAGCCAACCAGAACCAGCAGGCUUUAAAAAAAAGCUUCCUAGAACUGACCGAACUCAAACAUCUCCUGAAGAAAACCCAGGACUUCUUCGAGACCGAAACCAGCCUAGCUGAUGAUUUCUUUACGGAGGAUACCUCUGGCCUCCUGGAAUUGAGAGCCACGCCUGCAUAUGUGACUGGAAAGCUGGGGUUCACGGCCGGUGUGAUCAACAGGGAGAGGAUGGCUUCCUUUGAGAGGCUGCUGUGGAGAGUCUGCCGAGGGAACAUCUACCUGAAGUUCAGUGAGAUGGACGUGACUCUGGAGGAUCCCGUCACGAAAGAAGAAAUUAAGAAGAAUAUUUUCAUCAUAUUUUAUCAAGGAGAGCAACUCAGACAGAAAAUCAAGAAGAUCUGUGAUGGGUUUCGAGCCAUCAUAUAUCCCUGCCCGGAGCCUGCAGCGGAGCGCAGAGAGAUGCUGGCCGGCAUCAAUGUGAAGCUGGAAGAUUUAAUCACCGUCAUCACACAAACAGAGUCUCACCGUCAGCGCCUCCUCCAAGAAGCAGCUGCCAACUGGCACUCCUGGGUCAUUAAAGUGCAGAAGAUGAAAGCUAUUUACCACAUCCUGAACAUGUGCAACAUUGACGUCACCCAGCAGUGCGUCAUUGCUGAAAUCUGGUUCCCGGUGGCAGACACUGGGCGCAUCAAGAGGGCAUUAGAGCAAGGCAUGGAACUAAGUGGCUCCUCCAUGGUCCCCAUCCUGACUGCAGUGCAGUCUAAAACAUCUCCUCCCACAUUUAACAGGACCAAUAAAUUCACAGCUGGCUUCCAGAAUAUCGUAGAUGCAUAUGGUGUGGGCAGUUACCGGGAAAUAAACCCAGCUCCCUAUACCAUCAUCACAUUCCCCUUCCUCUUCGCUGUGAUGUUUGGAGACUGUGGUCAUGGGAUCAUCAUGCUCCUGGCAGCCCUUUGGAUGGUCCUUAAUGAGAGACGCUUGCUCUCCCAGAAGACCAACAACGAGAUCUGGAACACCUUCUUCCACGGACGCUAUCUGAUUCUCCUUAUGGGCAUCUUCUCCAUCUACACGGGCUUGAUUUACAAUGACUGCUUCUCCAAGUCUUUCAACAUCUUUGGCUCUUCUUGGAGUGUCCGACCGAUGUUCAGAAAUGGCACGUGGAAUGCACAUGUAAUGGAAACAAAUCCAUAUUUACAGCUGGACCCAGCCAUUCCAGGAGUGUACUCUGGAAAUCCAUACCCAUUUGGGAUUGAUCCGAUUUGGAACUUGGCUUCAAACAAACUAACGUUUUUGAACUCCUACAAGAUGAAGAUGUCAGUUAUCCUGGGAAUUGUCCAGAUGGUUUUCGGUGUUGUUCUCAGCCUUUUCAAUCAUGUAUACUUCGGAAGAACUCUCAACAUCGUUCUGCAGUUUAUUCCUGAGAUGAUUUUCAUCCUGUGUCUGUUUGGAUACUUGGUCUUCAUGAUCAUUUUCAAGUGGUGCCACUUUGAUGUGCACAUGUCCUGGCACGCCCCAAGCAUCCUCAUCCACUUCAUCAACAUGUUUCUGUUUAACUAUGACGACCCUUCCAAUGCACCCCUGUACAGACAUCAGCAAGAAGUCCAAAGUUUCUUCGUUAUCAUGGCUUUGAUUUCUGUGCCUUGGAUGCUUCUGAUUAAGCCGUUUAUUCUUAGAGCCAAUCAUCAAAAAUCCCUGCUGCAGGCAUCCAUGAUCCAAGAAGAUGCCACUGAGGACGUUGAAGGUGACAACUCCAGCCCUUCCAUGAGCACAGGUCAGAGGGCUUCUGCAGGUGGCCACGGGGCUCAGGAUGACCAUGAAGAAGAGUUCAACUUUGGAGACAUCUUUGUGCAUCAAGCCAUCCACACGAUCGAGUACUGCCUGGGCUGCAUUUCAAACACAGCCUCUUACCUCCGGCUCUGGGCCCUCAGCCUGGCUCAUGCACAAUUGUCUGAAGUGCUCUGGACCAUGGUGAUGAACAUUGGCCUUCGCGUGCGAGGCUGGGGAGGACUCAUUGGAGUCUUUAUCAUUUUUGCCAUAUUUGCUGUUCUGACGGUAGCCAUCCUUCUGAUCAUGGAGGGUCUCUCUGCGUUCCUGCACGCCCUGCGACUACACUGGGUGGAGUUCCAGAACAAGUUCUAUGUUGGGGCCGGUUACAAGUUUUCUCCUUUCUCCUUUAAAUACAUCCUGGAAGGGACAUCGGAGGAAUAG